UCCCAUAUUCUUCUAUCGUGCUUCCAUUUUCCUUCUGUCUCUACUUCCACGGUUCCCAUAGGGGCUUUGUACAUACUUCGCUCUUUAGAGGUUCAAUAGCAGAUUAACUUCCUUAGAGACGUCGUCCUUCAGCUAAUUCCCCCCUUCCUAUUCUUUCCGCAAUCUACCAAUGAAUGUGUAUUCCUUAGGUCUACGUCUAACCGGAGGGUUUGGGGCUGGAAUGGACCCCACUGCCAAAUACAUCGAGCGGAAACCACGUGAUUUGCGCAACGACAGUGGUGAUCCCCGAUCACGUCGGCCACGCAGGAAGCAUACAACCCCCGAAGAGGCUGGGAAGUCGGAUCCCCUAAGUGAAGACGAUGGCGAAGGAGAUUCAGACGUCGAAGAGCUGUAUCACGAGGCCAAGAACAACGGCUCUCCCGCGCAAAAUGAGGACGUUGAUUCGCACUCGGGCAGUGAUGGUGCAAAUCUCGAAGUAGACGAGAUGAUCAAAGAACCACAACCAUACUCUGGGUUUAUGGAAAAAAUGGACGAGCUAGAAGUAAACAUCACCAACCUACGGACAGACAAUACGUCGCUCAAAUCUGGGUUCGAGUCGCUUCAAGCUAGAUGUACAGACUACGAAAAAACAAUUGAAGAAGAACGAGCAUUCCACGACCACGAGAUGAAAAGGCUGCGAGCCCACAGAGAAGACUACAUGAAGAGUCUAGAAGCGAUCCAAAAGAAGUUGAUUUGGGACUACUAUGUCAAGAAGUACCCUGGAGAUGAAACUAGACUCAAAGAACGCCACAGAAACGGCGAAUGGCUCCCGAACGAUGAGAUAAUCGACGAGCUUCUGCACGAUUUCGUAAUCCUUGGGACGAGAAAUGCUGAAUUGCUGGCAAGAAAUGACGAGCUACUGGCUGGCAAUGAGAAACUACACAGCAAUCUCGACACCCUCCAGAAAAGCGCACUCAACAAUGUUGAGCGAUUCCAACCAACACAAGAUGACGAGCUCGGAGAACAAUUCGAUGGCCUCGCUUCCGCUAUCAAAGUCUUAACGCGGGAAAUUCCAACCAGCAUUGAUCCUGAAACCCUCGCCGAAUUGUUCGGGGAGUGGACGCUGCUCCAGGGAGUCUCAAAAGCUUUCUGGAAGACGAAGCUACACAUGAGAUGUCUAUUAGAAGCCGCAAUCUGGUCACUGCUCAUGGACACCGUCUUCUCCACCCCCUUCUAUAUCUUCGGCGGAAAUCACGCGAGCGUAUGCAUGCAGCAGUGGAUGGAACUGUUCGCUCAGCGAGAUACCCUAGAAGCAGCCAGUGAAUCCGGCACCUUCCACUGGCCGGCCCCAUCUCCUCUCUGCGAAAAAUGGCGCUACGUCACCAUCGAGCAACUGAAAAUUAAAGCUAUAGGCAGCGAUGACAUCCCCAUCGACCCUAUUAUCCAAACCAGCCACCAAGAUGCUAAAUCUGGUAUCGAGAAGCUGCUCACCGACCACCUCUCUCCCAUCGCUCCCGCGCUCAAACCGCUCAAGAUCCAAAAAAUAAUCAAGAAAGCCUGGGAUCUAGCCGUCGAAAUGGGCACGCAGCGUUGUCGGCUGCAACUCGUGAGUCCGGAGCUGGGAGAAGAGUACCUGUCAGGCGAGUCAAGUAACUUGAUGGGGAUUUCUGGGUGCGAGAAUCUGAGAAAGGGGAGGGUGGCAUUUAUUGCGAAUCCUGGGUUGAGGAAGUGGGGAGACGGGCAUGGGGCGAAUCUGGAGAACUACUUUGACCUCAAGCCUGCUCUGGUGUAUGUGGAAGAAAUCUAGAGAACCAAGAGCGUUGUAUACUAAAUAACCGUUUUACUGAUAUAACAUGGAGUGUUGGUAUUGCAAUGCCCCUGAUUGGCUGGCGAACUGCAGGCGUCGAUACGAAACUGGAGCUCACCCCAGCGUUCCCCGCCCGUUCCUCUCCACCACUCAUCAGCAAUGCAUUUCACAUCAUCUGUCGCGUCAGGUACAACAUACGAUAUACACGCGCUUGGCACGAGCUUCCCUUUAAAAUGAUAUGAAAAUGCACUCGGAUGCU